UUUUUCUGCGUAAAAACUGUGUGCAGUGUGAAUACACUAAUUGAUAUUUUGCAAAAUGCCGAAACCUCUAGUCAACUCAUGCUGUCUAUGUCAGUCCACACGAAAUGGCUCAGUUAUAUGUGGAAUUUUAGCCAUUAUUCUGUCAAUAAUCACAGUAAUCGUUAUAUUUACAACACGUGUACAUUUCAAGACCAUUAUUUUUGAUUUUAUACCAAAUGAUAUAGUAAAAAUUAUAUUAGUGAUAAAUCUAUGCAUGACGAUUUUAAUAUCCUUGCUAAUGAUUGUUGGAGUUCUGAAGCGAUAUCAUUAUUUAAUGGUACCCUGGGUGGUCCUGGGGAUUAUGAUAUCCAUAGGACUGUUCAUUUCUGUUAUCUACACCGGCAUUGUCUUCUUCAUAGAUGGUUUUUUUUUAACUGGCGUCCUGUGGCUAAUAUUUGGUCUUAUUUGCUGUGUUGUACUUACAUAUUGUUGGUGCGUCGUAUAUAGCGAAUAUGCAAAUCUAGCGGAGGAAAGUGAACGUGGUCGGUACAAUAAGCAACCAUAUCGUCGUUAGGCACUUACGCCCACCUCAAACAUACAUAUAUCGUUCGUUAAUUAACGAAACUAAAUUGCUUGUGUGUAAUUUACUUAUAUUCUUGACUAAUAUAUUAAAGUUCUUGGGCAGUUCGUAUUCAACAUUUUACAUUUAAUCCUUAGAUGUUGUUUAAUAAGGCAAAUAUAAUUCCUCGCUAAUAAUGUAUUUGUAAUAUUUAUAA